CUAAAACAGCAGCGGAGACCAUCUCUCUUCUGUUGGACGAGGCUGGAAGCAUGACCCCGUUUUUCGUAGCCAUUUUCUUGCUGGGCCUUUCGUCCCUGGCCAGCGCCGUCAACUUCACUCAGGUCUUCGAGUGGCCGGAUGGAUUCGACUACGAGUGGCCGUCGGAGGAAAGGAAGGCACAAGCCUUGGAAAAUGUGACUUUCAAUCCACGGCACAUCAGUCCUAGUUACUUGGCUGUCUACGGAGAAAGAAUCUUCCUCAGUCUGUACAAAAACGACGAUGGCAUUCCGGCGACUCUGGUGACUUUGCCCAAGAGCGGCGCGUCCUCCGCGUCCCCGAAACUCAAUCCAUUCCCGUCGUGGGACAUGUAUCUUAAUGAAUCGGCUGCAAACUGCAGCAUCAUCGACUGGGCGCAGGGGCUCCAAGUGGACUCGGUUGGAAGGCUCUGGGUGCUCAACAUUGGUAGCGAAAAUUGCGAUGGCAAACUUUGGAUUUUCGACUUGAACAACAACAAUGAAAUCGUUCUCAUUCAUUCUUUUUCUUUUGACGGCUGGAUGCACGAUUUGGUGCUGGACGAAACGCCCAACGGAACGUUCGCCUACAUCUCGCAGUCGGGUGAACGACGCAUUGCCGUGUUUAGUUUGGAGAGAAAUGAAUCCUGGCUUGUGGACACUGAAAUAAAGGUUUUCUCCAUUACGUUGUCCCCUAAGCAGCAGGAACCGAGACAGCUCUACCUUGGCAAAUACGACUCCACAGAACUGUAUUCACUUUCCGUCACCCCGCUCCGCAACGGAACUGAUUAUGUAGAUCCGGAACUUUUCGGAACAUGGUCUGCAUCGCCAUAUCGCAUGCAGGUGGACAACCAAGGGACCUUGUACGCCGGCUUAACCUGGCAGCAUUACAUUUCCUCUUUGAACUCUACCCAGCCUUCAGAGGAACAACGUAUUUAUGAGGUAGAAAAAUCGGGCUUGCUUAGGUCGUUUACCUUCUCCUUGGACCAAAAUGGAACCUUUUGGAUGUUUGUAUUUGAUCAUCUAGGAAGGCCAAGAUACAGGCUUUUGAAUGCUGCGGUCGGUGCAAGAUCAUUUGGGGGCACGCCAGAAUGCUCCGGUUCGUGUCACAAGAAUGAUGCUGCCUAAGGUCAAGAGAGUGUCUUUGCAAGGAAGGGCGAAAACUGCAGCCAACCCUGGCUGCGUCCACGACACCUGCGACCUACCCUGGGAGUGCACCUAUGCCCGCCCGACUCCAUGCAAAGCUCUGCGACCUCGAAAACGAUUGUAGACUUGAGUAGUGAUUUUAGUUGUUAGUUGGGAUAUUAAAUGUUUUUCUUGGAAUUUA